AUGGUAUCAGUGACACCUUUCUCAUUCAUAGACUACUUCCUUACAAAGAUCAAUGGACAUAAGCCUUCGAGAACUUUGAUCUCGAGAUCGUUUCAGCUUAUUCUAAGCUCAAUUAGAGGUGCGUUGUCUCUUGUUAAAAGUAAAACAAGUUUAUCAAUGAAAUAUAGCCGGUUUCAUAAUGCUUUGGAAAUGAUUUUAGGAACGGAAUUCUUGAACUUUAAGCCUUCGGAAAUUGCUGCAGCUAUAGCAAUCUAUGUAUCAUCUGGAGGAACCCUGGCAGUGGAUUAUGCAUCAACCAUAUCUUGUUUCAUUCAACAUGAUAAAUUGCUAAAGUGUCUUGAGAUGAUCCAAGAAAUGCAAUUAGAAUGUGUCUUUUUACAGAAUGAAAGUUCCUCGCUGUCAUCAGUCACUCAAAGCCCUAAUGGGGUGUUAGAUGGUGCUUGCUGUUUUAACUACUAA